AAGUUGGGAUCUCUGUUAUGGCCUGGAGGAACACAACAUUCUGUCCUGUGGCGUGUGGCCCUCACAGCCACUAUAACGCCUGUGCCAGCGGCUGCCCUAAGACCUGCUCCAGCCAGGAUGCUACAGGGUCUUGUGGGAUAUGUGAGGAGCGCUGUGAGUGUGACGAUGGCUUCAUGCUCAGCGGAGGAGCAUGCGUAUUAGCUGAAGACUGUGGAUGUUGGGCUAAUGGACAGCAUUAUUUGAUCAGAGAGACAUUUAUGGAGGGUGAAUGUGAGCAACAGUGCCAGUGUUUGGGCAAUGGGAAUAUUCAAUGUUCACCGACAUCCUGCAAAGCUGAUGAAGUAUGCAUGGUUAAGGACGGAGUCUUGGGUUGCUUUCCAUCCAGCCCGGUGACCUGCAGAGUCUACGGUGACCCCCAUUACAUCACUUUCGAUGGCAAGGCCUACUCCUUCUGGGGCACCUGCAACUACACCAUAGCAAAAACCUGCGGGGUUACUGAAACCCAGUUCACAAUAACGGCACGAAAUGAGGGACAGAACAACUCUGCAACUUCCUCUCUUAACUCUGUAGCUCUUGACAUGAAAGGCCUACAUAUUGUCAUCGGAAAGAACAAGCAGGUUUAUGCAAACGGUGGUCAGGUUCGCCUCCCUGCGGAGUUUGGUUCCUCUGUGUCUGUGUUUCAGUCGGGACCCUACGCUCAGGUUAAUACAAACUUCGGUCUGAGGCUGCUGUUUGGAAACGCCAGGCUGUUCGUCCAGGUGGAUGAACGCUACAGAGGAGUAUUGUGCGGCCUGUGCGGUACCUACUCCGGGAGUCAGUUUGACGACUUUCUGACACCCGACGGCAACACAGUAGCGAAUCCGCACGAGUUCGCCAGCAGCUGGAAUACCGACGACGGCGAUUGGCCUUGCAGUAAUGGCUCUCCAGACCCCCCUGAGUGUCUUCCAGACCUGGAGGACGAUGCAUAUACAAAGUGCAGUGAACUGUUUGAAGAUGCUUUCAAAGCGUGCCACUGGUUUGUUCCACCACAGAUUUAUGUCAGCAGCUGUGUUUCUGAUUACUGUAUUUCCAAGGGUGACAAAGCUCAGCUCUGCACCUCUUUGGAGGACUAUGUGUCUGCUUGUGAAAUAGCUGAGGUGUUUCUGCCAGACUGGAGGAAUCACACCUUGUGUUUUGCCGAUCCACUGCCAACAGAUGACCCCACACCAACUCCAUCUGCAGCAAGUUGCCCAUGGAGCUGUAACUUUGACCAGGAUGAAUGUGACUGGGAACAACUUAUCCAAGACAGUUUUGAUUGGACCAGAUGGUCAGGGUCAACGCCAUCAAACUUCACUGGGCCAGCCGGUGACCACACCACAGGAAGUGGCUAUUACAUGUAUAUUGAGGGGGAUAGUGUGUUUUAUGGCGACUCAGCCCGAAUAAUGAGCCCCGUCUGCCACACUUCUGGCAAGCAGUGUUUGAGCUUCUGGUUUCACAUGUAUGGCCUGGCAAAUGCUAUGUUACUCAACCUCUACAUAGUUGAGAACAAUCAUGCCUUAAAAAUAUGGUCUAGAACUAACAACCAGGGCAACAGAUGGUACCAAGGCCAGGUUGAAAUCAAACCACAACAGCCAUUCCAGAUCAUCAUUGAAGGCAUCAGGGGCUCAAAUCCUCUCUCAGAUGUAUCCAUAGAUGAUGUGUCCAUAAUGCAUGGUGCAUGUGACCAUUUGUCUGCAGAAGAUUUGGACUUGACCACUCUGGUACCCCAUCCAUCUACUCCAAACUUAAAGGACCCCCAUCCAAAUUGCAGGAUGAACUGCGAUUUUGAAAGUGACAUCUGCAGUUGGACUCAAAUGGUGACUGAUGUUUUUGAUUGGACAAGACACAAAGGCUCCACCCCCACAUCAAUGACUGGUCCCUCCUCUGACCACACAACAGGAAGUGGGUUUUAUAUGUACAUUGAGGGUGACAGUGCUGUCCAUGGCGAUACGGCCCGUCUACUCAGUGCAGAAUGUGCUGACCCUCAACCUCAAUGUCUUCAGUUCUGGUAUCACAUUUAUGGCUCCAGCUGGACCAUGGGACUGAGCGUCUUCCUGCGGCAAUAUGGCAAUGUGGCAAAAGAGGUGUGGAGAAUGAGAGAAGACCAAGGAAACAUGUGGCAUCUUGCACGGGUGGACCUGAGACCAGAUGUUAAGUUCCAGGUGAUCUUUGAGGGGCGUAGAGGAAGCUCAGCCCGGUCAGAUGUUGCCAUUGAUGACGUCUCACUGCACAGAGGAGCCUGUAUCGAUUUACCAAUCCAGGUGGCUCCACCUUCAGUCCCAUUGCCACCAGCUGCACCAAUCCAACGUAGAGAAAUUCCAAACGCUUCAGCUUCUUGUGGCAUCAACUGUGAUUUUGAAAGAGACAUUUGCACUUGGACUCAGUUGGCGACUGAUGUUUUUGAUUGGACAAGACACAGAGGCUCCACCCCCACAUCAAUGACUGGUCCCUCCUCUGACCACACAACAGGAAGUGGGUUUUAUAUGUACAUUGAGGGUGACAGUGCUCUCCAUGGCGACACGGCCCGUCUCCUCAGUGCAGAAUGUGCUGAUCCUCAACCUCAGUGUCUUCAGUUCUGGUACCACAUGUAUGGCUCCAGCUGGACCAUGGUACUGAGCGUCUACAAGCUGCAAUAUGGCAAUGUGGCCAAAGAGGUGUGGAGAAUGAAAGAAGACCAAGGAAACAUGUGGCAUCUUGCACGGGUGGACCUGAGACCAGAUGUCAAGUUCCAGGUGAUCUUUGAGGGGCGUAGAGGAAGCUCAGCCCGGUCAGAUGUUGCCAUUGAUGACAUCUUACUGCACAGAGGAGCCUGUAGCGAUUUACCAAACAAGGUGGCUCCACCUUCAGUCCCAUUGCCAAAACCUGUACCCAUCCAACGUAGAGAAAUUCCAAAUGCUUCAGAUUCUUGUAGCAUCAACUGUGAUUUUGAAAGAGACAUUUGUGCUUGGACUCAGUUGGCGACCGAUGUUUUUGAUUGGACAAGACACAGAGGCUCCACCCCCACAUCAAUGACUGGUCCCUCCUCUGACCACACAACAGGAAGGGGGUUUUAUAUGUACAUUGAGGGUGACAGUGCUGUCCAUGGCGACACGGCCCGUCUCCUCAGUGAAGAAUGUGCUGACCCUCAACCUCAGUGUCUUCAGUUCUGGUACCACAUGUAUGGCUCCAGCUGGACCAUGGGACUGAGCAUCUACCUGCUGCAAUAUGGCAAUGUGGCCAAAGAGGUGUGGAGAAUGAGAGAAGACCAAGGAAACAUGUGGCAUCUUGCACGGGUGGACCUGAGACCAGAUGUCAAGUUCCAGGUGAUCUUUGAGGGGCGUAGAGGAAGCUCAGCCCGGUCAGAUGUUGCCAUUGAUGACGUCUCACUGCACAGAGGAUCCUGUAGUGAUUUACCAAACAAAGUGGCACCACCUUCAGUCCUAUUGCCAAAACCUGUACCCAUCCAACGUAGAGAAAUUCCAAAUGUUUCAGAUUCUUGUAGCAUCAACUGUGAUUUUGAAAGAGACAUUUGUGCUUGGACUCAGUUGGCGACCGAUGUUUUUGAUUGGACAAGACACAGAGGCUCCACCCCCACAUCAAUGACUGGUCCCUCCUCUGACCACACAACAGGAAGUGGGUUUUAUAUGUACAUUGAGGGUGACAGUGCUGUCCAUGGCGACACGGCCCGUCUCCUCAGCGAAGAAUGUGCUGACCCUCAACCUCAGUGUCUUCAGUUCUGGUACCACAUGUAUGGCUCCAGCUGGACCAUGGGACUGAGCGUCUACCUGCUGCAAUAUGGCAAUGUGGCCAAAGAGGUGUGGAGAAUGAGAGAAGACCAAGGAAACAUGUGGCAUCGUGCACGGGUGGACCUGAGACCAGAUGUUAAGUUCCAGGUGAUCUUUGAGGGGCGUAGAGGAAGCUCAGACCGGUCAGAUGUUGCCAUUGAUGACGUCUCACUGCACAGAGGAGCCUGUAGCGAUUUACCAAACCAGGUAGCUCCAUCUUCAGUUCCAUUGCCACCAGCUGCAACAAUGCCACAACCUGCACCCAUCCAAACUGCAGAAAUACCAAAUACUUCAGCUUCUUGUGGCAUCAACUGUGAUUUUGAAAGAGACAUUUGUACUUGGACUCAGUUGGCGACAGAUGUUUUUGAUUGGACAAGAAACAGAGGCUCCACCCCCACAUCAAUGACUGGUCCCUCCUCUGACCACACAACAGGAAGUGGGUUUUACAUGUACGUUGAAGGUGACAGUGCUGUCCAUGGUGACACGGCCCGUCUCCUCAGUGCAGAAUGUGCUGAUCCUCAACCUCAGUGUCUUCAGUUCUGGUACCACAUGUAUGGCUCCAGCUGGACCAUGGGACUGAGCAUCUACCUGCUGCAAUAUGGCAAUGUGGCCAAAGAGGUGUGGAGAAUGAGAGAAGACCAAGGAAACAUGUGGCAUCUUGCACGGGUGGACCUGAGACCAGAUGUCAAGUUCCAGGUGAUCUUUGAGGGGCGUAGAGGAAGCUCAGCCCGGUCAGAUGUUGCCAUUGAUGACGUCUCACUGCACAGAGGAGCCUGUAGCGAUUUACCAAACAAAGUGGCACCACCUUCAGUCCUAUUGCCAAAACCUGUACCCAUCCAACGUAGAGAAAUUCCAAAUGUUUCAGAUUCUUGUAGCAUCAACUGUGAUUUUGAAAGAGACAUUUGUGCUUGGACUCAGUUGGCGACCGAUGUUUUUGAUUGGACAAGACACAGAGGCUCCACCCCCACAUCAAUGACUGGUCCCUCCUCUGACCACACAACAGGAAGUGGGUUUUAUAUGUACAUUGAGGGUGACAGUGCUGUCCAUGGUGACACGGCCCGUCUCCUCAGUGAAGAAUGUGCUGAUCCUCAACCUCAGUGUCUUCAGUUCUGGUACCACAUGUAUGGCUCCAGCUGGACCAUGGGACUGAGCGUCUACCUGCUGCAAUAUGGCAAUGUGGCCAAAGAGGUGUGGAGAAUGAGAGAAGACCAAGGAAACAUGUGGCAUCUUGCACGGGUGGACCUGAGACCAGAUGUCAAGUUCCAGGUGAUCUUUGAGGGGCGUAGAGGAAGCUCAGCCCGGUCAGAUGUUGCCAUUGAUGACGUCUCACUGCACAGAGGAGCCUGUAGCGAUUUACCAAACCAGGUGGCUCCACCUUCAAUCCCAUUGACAAAACCUGUACCCAUCCAACGUAGAGAAAUUCCAAACACUUCAGCUUCUUCUGUCAUCAACUGUGAUUUUGAAAGAGACAUCUGUGCUUGGACUCAGUUGGUGACUGAUGUUUUUGAUUGGACAAGACACAGAGGCUCCACCCCCACAUCAAUGACUGGUCCCUCCUCGGACCACACAACAGGAAGUGGGUUUUAUAUGUAUAUUGAGGGUGACAGUGCUGUCCAUGGCGACACGGCCCGUCUCCUCAGUGCAGAAUGUGCUGACCCUCAACCUCAUUGUCUUCAGUUCUGGUACCACAUGUAUGGCUCCAGCUGGACCAUGGGACUGAGCGUCUACCUGCUGCAAUAUGGCAAUGUGGCCAAAGAGGUGUGGAGAAUGAGAGAAGACCAAGGAAACAUGUGGCAUCUUGCACGGGUGGACCUAAGACCAGAUGUUAAGUUCCAGGUGAUUUUUGAGGGGCGUAGAGGAAGCUCAGCCCGGUCAGAUGUUGCCAUUGAUGACAUCUCACUGCACAGAGGAGCCUGUAGCGAGAUCAUGAUCUCAGACAUGCAUGGAAAUUCUGACAGCAUAAGCAAAAAUAACAUGAUAAAGCCAAUCGAGGAGGUGGCAAAGAAAGAGAGCUGGAAAGCAACAGAUGACAAAAUCACAACAAGACGGAGGCGGUCCCUGCUGUUUAGGGAACGUUCUUGGGCUUGAGAUGAAACGCUGCGAGGCAACCCAUUAGCUGAAAGCACCUGUCAUUUGUCAAUAUGAACCCACUCAACAUCAUAGCUCAUGAACUACUCAGACCAGUUUUAGCAAGAUAAUUUGCUGUGUAAGUGUUGUUUACCUAGGAAGUAUCUCUUAUCACCUCUAAUGUAGUCAUUUCAUAUUAUGAUUUACACAUAACACCAUUGAAAGAUAUGGCGUUUUCCUCUAAUAUCACAGUGGUUUUUCUUCCUCAAGUUCACAUGUCUCUUAGCAGAGUAAGCACAUUAUAUUAACUAUGAGAAUGUCCAUACAUCCACAGAACAUGAAUACUUAUUUUAAUUUUCAACAGUUAAUCUAUUGUUUUAUCAUUUAUAAAACUAGCUAACGUCUUUUUGCUGAAUGUAUUGUGCAUGGAUG